CUAUCAUCAUGGCUGAAGCGAAUGAACAAAAGGCUAGUACAUCAUCAGAUUUAAAAGAGAGACUACGGAACUUUCGGUAUGCACGCGAAUCCCCCUUCCCUACUCAUGGUGGAACAAAUUCAACAAAUCAAAUAAGAACAAUAUCGCGAGAAACUGCAGGCGACGCUGCAAUCUGUAGGUCCAACGCUCGUGUGACGAAGCGGGCGCCGAAGCAGAAGACUAGCAAAUCAACCAAGUAUGCGCCACCGAGCAAGUACGCCCACCUCAAGCCUUUGACCGACAUUCUCGAACCAAAUCUAAUAUGUGUAUUUGUGGGCUUCAACCCUGGUAUCCGGACUGCAACCACAGGCCAUGCUUACGCGCAUCCAUCUAACUUAUUCUGGAAGCUAUUACAUCGUAGCGGAUGUACUGAUCGGCAACUUAAACCAGAGGAGGACGUCAAUCUACCUCACUUGUAUUCAAUGGGCAACACAAACCUUGUUAGUCGACCGACAAAAUCGGAUGCUGAGCUGUCAAAGGAGGAACAAUUGGCGAGUGUGCCAAUUUUGGAUGCAAAGAUUCGCAAGUACAAGCCUGAGGCUGUUUGUAUUGUCGGCAAGUCCAUCUGGGAAAAUAUAUGGAAGUAUCGAUAUGGUUCGAAGCCGAGCAAGGCGGAAUUUAAGUUUGGAUGGCAAGAUCCAAAGCAUAAUAUGGGCAGGCUGACGAUAGAAGAUGACAACGACGAUGGCGACAAAGCUUGGGCUGGAGCCAAGGUGUUCGUGGCCACGAGCAGCAGUGGUUUAGACGCCAGCACCAAGCCGGUCCAGAAAGAGGCAAUAUGGGCGCCAUUGGGGCAAUGGGUUCAAAAGAGGAGAAGAGAACGUGAGAAUUAUUCUGAACCAUGACUUAGAGGAGUAUACGACAUCACUGGAUCCAAUUAAAAGAAGAUGCGGCAAGAUACAAGUAUGUUGAGGUCAAUCUAUAUAAUCUCUAUAUC